GGCGACUGCAUCACUACAGUUUUGUAACCAUUGGGGUCUAAAACCGACGCAAGUUUCGCACGUUGUUACUGACAAUGCUCCGAAUAUUGUUCUUGCUGCGAAAGAAGCAUUCGGGGAAUCAAAACAUUUAGCAUGUUUUAAUCAUACACUAAAUUUAAUACCCUCAUCAGGGGUGGGUUUCAAAUCGGUAAACGGACAGCGUAUCCCAUACGUUCCAGGAAUACCAGAUCUAAUUAAAAAACUCAAAAACAUUGUGACUUUCUCACAUACCAGUUACAAGUUUGCGGAUGAAUUGAGAAAGGUGCAGUUAGACGGAGGAGCUACUGAGGGCACGCUACUUCGGUUGAUACAAGAUGUUACUACGCGUUGGAACUCAACAUAUUUGAUGUGCGAUCGUUUCCUGAAGAUGCAAAAAAUUGUAUCUGUGGCAGCCCUUAACUUUCCUGAUUUGGACAUGUUGACAGCUGCAGAACUGGCAACUUUAGCAUCUAUACAAGACCUUCUUUGGCCAUUUUAUGAUGCGACAGUCGAAAUGUCAGCGGAAAAGACCACGACGGCUAGCAAGGUUAUACCAUUGAUUUCGAUGAUAAAUAUAGAACUUUCCAAAGUUGAAAUACCUGACCGUGACAUCUGUGCACAAUCCUUGAAGAAGUUUCUAACAGGAGAAAUGGUACGACGAUUUGGGGAAGCCGAAUACAACAUGCUUCUCACAAUGGCGACACUAUUGGACCCUCGAUUUCUAAAGGUUCAUUUUCAAAAGGCUUUAGCGGUUUCGAAAGGAAUCAGUUUAAUGGAAAAAGUAAUAGUAAACGAAUUAAGAAAAGAAGCUCCCGAGUCCAACGCAGCUCAUGUUUCAUCAACAGCAAUUGUAACCAGAGAAUCAAAUUCGAAAAGAAAUUUAUGGAAUUUCCACGACACUUUGGUCAAUCAGGUUGCCACGGCAUACUCGACUGAUGACUACGUAAACGUUGCUCGACAGGAAAUCAAAGCUUUCUAUUCCAGAACAGUUAUGCCUCGAAAAACAAACCCCCUUGCCGUGUGGAAUAACGAAUUGCGACAUCUCUUUCCCAAUUUGUUUAAAUUGGCAAAAAUAUAUAUUCCAGCAAUCGCGACAUCCACGCCAUCGGAAAGGUUGUUUUCCUUAGCUGGGAGAAUCAUGGACAAUGACGGAUGCCGCCUCUCUAAUGAACAUUUAUCCCAUCGAAUUUUUCUUGCUAGUUGUGAUAGCGCUAUUUGGGACGAAUAA